UAUUACAUUUUAUUAGUGUGGCCCUAAUUUGACCUUAAAAAAAGUUAAUUUGGUGCCCUUUUGAAUAUAUGUAACAACGGUCUGCCAUACCCCCACCCGCUUCCCCAGCACAUGGGACGGCUGGGAGGCGCUUCAGCGCGCCCAGCCGCUCCGCCUCCAAGGCGUUUGGGAAGAAAGGAUCACAAUCAAGGGACUGUUCUUGAAGACGAUUUACCAGCAUCAAUGUAUUGAUCGUCUGCACGGCACUGAUAACAACCUCACAAGUCCGCGCGCUGUAGGAUUUCAGGAUCUAGAUGGUGUAAACGCGCCGCGAUCUGUGCACUCUGGAGGGACGUUCAGCGCGUCAGAAAAUCAAGUUCUACCAAACGCCUUGUGUUUACACAGGAACCAUCCAAAGCCACGUUUUAGCAGGCAAUCUUCAACGAAGUGCAGCGCACAGUGCAGAAAACUUUUAGCUGUUUACCUCAGCAGAGGAGUGGAGCAGUGAAUCAGACUGCACUAUGCGAUUACUUUAAAUCCCUCGAGGUAAACAAAAGAAAAGAAAAGAAAAAGUGCAUCGGAUACACUUUUGACAUUUGGAUAACAUGGAGAAUUGCAGCUGAGCGAGCACAUGUCGUGCACGUAGCAGAGCCCCGUUGUUGUUGUUGCAAGAGCAUAGAGUGUGGAUGUGAACAUGGAAAUUGCUACAAAGUAAACCCGACGUCGUGUGCACUGGGCUUGCAGGGAAUGGUCCAUCGGGGAUAUUUUUUUGGAAAGUGUUUUUAGUUCCCCCGUCGCUGUCUCGCUAGUUUUGGACGGAAGAGUCUGCUGGGUCGACAUGGAGAGCCAGGAGGAGAAGGAGAGCAGGACGGACAAGCGCUUCGCCCUGACUUACGUCGGCUGGUGCUCGCUGGACAGGCGGACCACUCUGCCCAUGCUGCCGUGGCUGGUGGCCGAGAUCCGCAGGAGGAGCGAGAGGGGCGACUGCGGCCCCGUCAUGCAGCCCAGAGAAGUUCAGCUGCUGCUCAACCCCCCCUUCGUCCGCUGCGUCCCCACAAACAGCAGCAACUCGUCGGUCUUCAUCUUCGAGCACAAAGCUCAGCUGAUCUCGCGCUUCAUCCACAACAGCAAUGACCUCACUUGUUUUUCCUAUCUGCUGCGGGGCCAGCCGGACAACCCGGAGUCCGAGAUGUCCUGUCACGUCUUCAAGGCCUGCGACCCGAACCAGGUCCCAGAGGUAAUCAGCAGCAUUCGUCAAGUUUCCAAAUCGGCUCUGAAGGAAGAUGCCAAACCCAAACAGGAAGCCGACGAGGCGUUCUACAACUCCCAGAAGUUUGAAGUGCUUUACUGUGGCAAGGUUACUGUGGGCCACAAGAAAGCUUCGUCGACCCUCAUUGAUGACUGCGUGGAAAAAUUUCGCCAACACGAGACUGAACGUAAGCGCCUGCGACUUCUCAACGGUCAGCGAGGGUCCACAGAAACCAUCCCCGUGGAUUUACUCAUCGCUGGAGAUGGAGACCCGCUUUCCACUGCCCUUAGCAGAACCACGGAGGAACCGGAAGCUCCAGGACUAGAAGACCUGGUCACAGGUAAAUGUCUGCCCAGCAGUGCCAGUCAGAGCAGUCUGCGAGGAUCCUUCCCCGAGUGCAUCUUGGAGGACUCUGACUUUGAGGAACCUCAGGAGUUUCGCACGCGCUGCAGCAGCCUGGCUGGAAGCCUGCAGAGGAAGCCAGGGGAGGGAGUCAUCAUGGGUCCCACGCGUCGCAGACACGCCAGCGCGCCGAACAACGUCCAGCCGUCCGAUUCCGACAAGAACCGCACCAUGCUGUUCCAGGUUGGGCGUUUUGAAGUGAACCUUAUUAGUCCAGACAGUAAAACAGUGGUGCUGGAAAAGAACUUCAAAGAUAUCUCAUCCUGCUGUCAGGGCGUCAAGCAGACCGAUCAUUUUGGAUUCAUCUGCCGGGACCAGUCGGAGUCUGGUCCCAGUCAGUACGUGUGCUACGUCUUCCAGUGCGCCAACGAGUCGUUGGUUGACGAGGUGAUGCUGACCCUGAAGCAGGCCUUCUCCACCGCCGCAGCCCUGCAGAGCAACAAGACCCCGGUGCAGCUCUGCGAAGCGUGCCCCAUGCACGACCUGCACAAACUCUGCGAGAGGAUUGAGGGUCUUUAUCCACCCCGAGCGAAGCUAGCAAUCCAAAAAUAUCUCUCCCUGUUGACCGAUAAUGAGCAGGCAGAGAUUUUCGAGCGAGUUCAAAGACUGAAGCCUGGGUCUGACCAAGAGGAGAAUGAGUUGGCGAUUAUGUAUCUAAGGCAGCUCUGUGAAAGCAAACAGAAAUCGCAUCUUCACAUCGGAGAAACCCCUCAGAAUGCAACAAACAGCACGGCUGCAGGAGACGGCUCAGCCACCGGUAGUCGAUUCAAACUCGAUAUUCUCAAGAAUAAAGCCCGCACCUCCCUCACCAGCUCUCUGGAAAACAUAUUUGCAAGGGGUGCCAGCAGAAUGCGGGGCCGCUUGGGAAGCAUGGGAAGCAUGAGCAGUUUCGAAAGACAGGAUGAGGAGUCUCCCGGUCACUCCCCGCCAGGUUCGCCUCCCGCCUUCCCGGACGACGAGCUGGAAUCCGGGCCGCAGUUCCGUCGGCGUGCUCACACCUUCAGCCACCCGCCGGUGAGGAAGCGCAUCUCCUUCGAGAGCCAGCCGGCCAACCAGACCAAGCAGGCGCCGCUCCGCAGGCAGCACUCCGUCAACCCUGAGCUGCUGCAGACCAGUCACGUGGCCGUGUCCAGAACUCGCAGCAUUUCAGAGGGGGAGUCCUCCUUCAGCCUCCCCUCCACCUUCUCCACUCCCACUUUCCUGAAAAGCUUUUACCAGGGUUCGCUGGGCUCCCUGACGGACAGUGGGAGCUUCAAGAGCAAUGAAGAAGGCAGGAAAAGGACGCUGUCAAGCUGCAGCAAUGACUCUCUGAGUGGAGGUCUCCCUCUGACCCCACGCAGGGUCUCCUGGAGACAGAAGAUCUUCCUGCGGGUCGCGUCACCCAUGAACAAGCCAUCUGCAUCUAUGCAGGACACAGACGGCUCUGACGCCACGGAGCUGCUGCCUCUGUCUCCUCGUGCCUCGGACCCUGGUCUGGACCCUCUGAGGCGCCUUCUGUCCCCGGCAUCCGAUCAGCCGGCCGACAAGAAGCCCAAGAAGACGGGAGCCGAUUACAGAGCUCUCUGGAAAACUGCCAUCCACCAGCAGAUCCUGCUGCUGCGCAUGGAAAAGGAGAAUCAGAGGCUGGAAGCGAGUCGAGAUGAGCUGCACAUCCGCAAAAUGAAGCUCAACUACCAGGAAGUGUGUACCUGCUCCAAGGAAGCUCAGGCGCUCUGGGAGAGAAAGCUAACGGCUCCAGGCAGAACCACAAACCCACAGGACAAGGAGGACAUAUACAGAGCCAUCUGCCAGGGAGUUCCAAAGAGCAGACGCGGGGAGGUUUGGUUGCUCCUUUCCCAUCAGCAUCGGCUGCAGCACAGGCUGCCCCAGCGCCAGCAAGCUCCGGACACCCCCUACUACGACCUGCUGAAGCAGCUCACCGCACAGCAGCACGCCAUUCUGGUGGACUUAGGCCGGACCUUCCCCACACACCAGUACUUCUCAGCCCAGCUUGGAGCGGGCCAACUUUCCCUCUACAAUUUGCUGAAGGCGUACUCUCUGAUGGACACAGAGGUUGGCUACUGCCAGGGCAUCAGCUUUGUGGCCGGAGUGUUGCUGCUCCACAUGAGGGAAGAGCAAGCUUUCGACAUGCUGAAGUUCCUGAUGUACGACCUGGGCAUCAGGCGGCAGUACCGACCCGACAUGGUUUCACUGCAGAUUCAGAUGUACCAGCUCUCCAGGCUGCUGCACGACUACCACCGGGACCUUUACAAUCACCUGGAGGAGUACGAGAUCGGGCCGAGCCUCUACGCUGCGCCUUGGUUCCUCACCCUCUUCGCCUCGCAGUUCCCCCUCGGCUUCGUGUCCCGCAUCUUUGAUCUAGUGUUUGUACAGGGUACUGAGGUGAUCUUUAAAGUGGCCCUCUGUCUGCUGAGCAACCAUGAGAGGGAGAUAGUGGAGUGCGACAGCUUUGAGAGCAUCGUGGACUACCUGAAAACGACACUCCCCACGCUCACGCAGACACAGAUGGAGCAAACCAUUACCAAGGUGAUGGACAUGGACAUCUCCAAGCAGCUGCACGCAUAUGAGGUCGAGUACCACGUCCUGCAGGAUGAGAUGUUGGACGCCGGGCCGCCGCCCGACGACUCGGAGCGCCUCGACAAAUUAGAGAAGACGAACGUGCAGCUGAAGAAACAGAACAUGGAUCUGCUGGAAAAACUUCAAGCUGCAAGGCAGAAGAUUCAGACUCUGGAGACGAGCGUGGAGAGCUUCCUCUCUCGGGAGAGCAAAAUGAAGCACAUGAUUCGCUCCCUGGAGCAAGAGAGGGCAGCCUACCAGAGGACGGUUGAACGCAUGCGCUCCAGCCUUCCCCCCGACGCCCUGACAGAUGUGGAGAUGACCCAGAUCAAAACAGGACCCAACGGGAAAGCCAAAACCGCAGCCAAGAAGCCCUGAUGGCAACAGGAGGGAGUAGGUGGGGAUGGAGGGAGGCGGCAAGGGGAGGGGGGCUGGAGGAGGCAUUGGCUGCGUUUGGCCAGAUGCAGCGACUCAGAUCCACAAACUGUCAAGUGAAGACUGCUCAGUGGAAAGCCGACGAGCUCCACUUUACUUCUGUGAUGAAGUGUGGCGGCGUUUUGUAAAUGUUUGAAGUCUUGAGACAGACAGACUGCAUGGGGAAACAUCUCGGUUGUGUUUGAUGAGCAGAUAAAAAGGGUGGUGGGAGGAUGGUUUCAGGGUUUCCAUAGCGCAGAAAAGCCAAUGUUUCUCUCAUCUGAUUCACGACCCGUUUGGAGGUAGAACCGACGGCCACGCCGUCCUGCAGUGGCCGGAUGUUUUGGCUCUAUUCAUGGGGGAAUUUCCUUGAUCGCGCUGCCUGGAUGUAUUUUACUGCCUGACGGAGUAACUCCACAGAAACUGCCUGUUGAGACGUCAUUUUUUUCAGACCUUACGAGGUCAAUUUACAGCCAUUACCAGUGUCUGAUCGGGGGGAGCGUUUUGUUGUUCUUUUACACGUUCGUCUCCAAUGAAAGCUUCGCUUUAUUACAUUUUAAUCACUUGAAGUUUUUAAUGAAUGUAACGUCUCCUCGUGGGUCGUUCUUAUCGCGUUCGUUCUCUCGCCGCGAAGGUCGGCGUCACUCUUCAGCAGAACUAGAGUGCAGCAUCGCUAGAGAUCGCUCAGAGUGCCAUUUCUUCUCGAGAAACGUCUCUUCUAGAUCUCGGGCAGGAUGUGAGGUCGCCUGCCUCCUCGGCUUCCUGUAAGACGCCGGCCGCGCCGGUCGUCUCUGUUUUAGCACCGCCUUCAGACUCCGAGGCAGAGCUCGCGCUCCCCGGGAGGCACAGACUAAACAAAUCGAGGUGGAGACGGGAUCUGAAUGUACACGCUGCUGCACUUAAAAAAACAAAACAAAAAAAAAAACGAAAGAAAAAAGCUCUGCGAGGCAGCACCGCUUUAGUUUCUGCAGCGCCUCUCAGAAGUAUUCGUAGCUGUCGGAACCGUUUCACAUUGUCUCAGCGACGACUACGAUGUGUUUUUUCAUGGUUUAAUUUGACAUAUCAAUGCAAUUUGCAUAUAAUUGUGAAUCAGAAGGAAAUUGAAGCAUUCAUCCAUCCAACUCUGAUGGGAGAGAGUGUGUCACUCUCAGGACAGACAGUUGACAUUUGACCUAACAGUCAUGUUUUUGGACUGAGAGGAAGCUGGAGAACCUGGAUUGAAUCCACCUAUGCACAAAAGAGAAAAUGCAAACCAUGCAGAGAGAGCAAAACCCCUCCAGACUGGAGACCCUCUUGCAGAAAGUCAAAGGUGCCAUUUGACAGAAAAAAAGUGUGUCUGCAAAAACUCAAAAUCUUACUAGUAUUGUAGUCUCUUCUAGUUUCUAGUGCAAAUGUAUUAGUACACUUGAUAUGAGACACAAUUAACUUACAAGCAACUUUCCAGCAAGAUACUGAAGCUUGUUUUAAAUCAAUAAUUCCCCAAUAUUGACAAAAUUGUAUUAAUUACACUGGAAGAUUAUUUCACUUAUGAUAAGACGUUUUUCUAACGUCAUAAGUGAAAUAAUAUGCCACUGGAAGGAAUUAUUGACUUAGAAUAAGCUUUUAUAUCUCGCAAAAAAAAAAAAGUUGUAAGAUAGUUUUACCUCAUUUCAAGGAUUCUGAGAUACUUGCAUUAAAAAUUAGACCAAAAAUACUUUGCCAGAUUUUGUGUCUUUGCGGUGUAGACUUUGUUUACUCUGAUACCCCUGAAUAAAUUGCGGUACAGCCAAUUCCCUUCGGAAUCACAUAAUUAACUAUCUGUAGUUCAUCAAGUACGUAGCACAUUUUCCAUAUUUUUUAUAAUAUAAGCAAUUUUAACAAUCAUUUCCAAAUCACCCUCGGCGCUGCGUUGGUCUGUUAUCUAAAAUCUGUGUGAUAAAUUGAAUAAAUUGUAGUCGUAAGUUAACAUGACAGAGUACAGAAAUGUUUGCUGGGCACGAAUACUUUUGAAAGGCACUUUACUGUGCUCAAGACGUCAAUUAGAUACGUUGUUGUCGGAGCACAAUGUCCAAAACUGGAGAGUUUAGUUUAGCAGAGAAAUAAGAAAGGAGCUAAAAUGAGCCUGAGGGCACUUGAGCUGCCCUCUCAACGAUAAUGAGUCUUGGGUUUUAUAUACUGCAUCUAGACACACACACACACACACACUGCAGUGAAGUGGUUGACUGUAUGGACAGACGGUUUAUAUGCUUUUAAAGCUCUGUCCCUGGCUCCCUCUUUGAUUUUGUUUUCUGUCACCUCCAGGUCUGAAUCACCGUCAUCACUUUUUAUUCAAGUAAAAACUUGUCCUCGUCUUUUAAAAGGUGUGUGUGUGUGGGGGGGGAACUCUUUACAAUUAAAUUAGGGUGGCUUCUAUCGUGAAACAAGAGGGUGUUCAUCAGCCGUCCUGCCCUGGGAGACGAGUGACACAUUUGUGCUGGUUUGGAGUGUAAAGUUUUUAUUCUGUUACUUGAGUCCCAGAAGAUGUAUGGUAAUGGCAGCCAGUGCAAUACGUUUGUUUAUCAAUCAUACGCACGUCUUUACAUGCGAGUGAUGUCGGCUAAUUCGCAUAAAGUGUCUUCAGCCGUCGUGUAAAUAAGGCUGUAAGUUCCCGGCGAAAACGAGCGUUUUGUUUUUUGAUUGAGUUGUUAUUGAAAAAAUGAGCUGCAUGGAUUUACCCAGCAAAACAUAUCAAAUGGCUCGGUUUUUUUUUUGGUUUUUUUUAAACCAACAACUUUUAAUGGAUGCAUGCAGUAGAGAGGAAACUGAGCCUUUGUCUGUAGUUUGUACUACUGCAAUAUCCAUGCAUCUUGAUGUAAGACCAUUGAACCAAAGAUGUGCUUUAUUUCCUGGAGAUACAUGAACGAACUCAUUCAAAAUGCACAGUGUUUUACAUAUUUUAUGGGCUUUUUCACCGAAUCUGUCUCGCUUCUUCUUUUUUUUUUUCUCCCUAGAUGUUGUUUUUAACAGUAACUUGAAGAAAUACCAAAUAUUGGUCUCAAAAACUUGAGUAUGCGAUUAAAAAAAAAACCAAACAAUGUCAGGUCUUUUUAUCAUCAUUACAUAAUUUAUUUUUUAUUUUGCUACCCAAUGCUCUAUAUGCAGGGCUCCUGUGCAUUUCGUGUCAGAAUCCCUGGUUUUAAUAUGGACAUUAAAAAAAAAAAAAAAACAGGAUGGAUGGAUGGGCAGUAAGGUAAAUGAAUGGAUGGUAAGAUAAACAGAUUAAUGGACAAUCGGAAAAGCGAGAGGUCAAAAUUAUGGAAGAUUGACCAGAAGGAAGGACGGCAAAACAAAUGGAAAAGUGCACAGUGGAUGGAUGGGCUUAUGAAAAUACAUUUCAUACUUUUUCAGACUGCAUUGGAACCCUGUGUGUGAAGUUUCAGCCUAAGAGUUUCACUGUUGGGGUCAGCAUCUCGACUGCUAACUAGUGCUUGUAUCACUGUGCAUAAACUGUCAACAUGAGGGCUACACUGACGCAAAGAAACUGUCCUGAAUACAUCAAUAAACCUCACCUUGCCUUG